UUAAUCUGCGUUAAAACGAGAGUAGCUUCAGCAGUUCAGUACCGUAACAAAAGGUUCAAAACCUGAUCUUAUUUCACCCUGUCAUUAAGAUGCAUGGUCCCAACAGCUCAAAGUUGAGUCAGGUUAUCAGUCAUUUGUGACGUUGACUGACCUCUAUUUAUUCCCCCUCAAAACUUCCCUCUUCACAGCUUCCUCAUACAAGUCGACUCAAGCAAGGUUCAAUUCUCGUAGAGCUAGCUAGCUAAUUUGCGAGGGAAAAAUGGUUCCUUUUGGUUUCUUUCUGGUGAUGUUUAUCUCAAUCGUUUCAUCUGUCCAUGGGUACUACGGUGGUUGGACAAAUGCUCAUGCCACUUUCUAUGGUGGAGGUGAUGCUUCUGGGACGAUGGGUGGCGCAUGUGGGUAUGGAAACCUAUACAGCCAGGGUUAUGGGAUUAACACAGCAGCACUGAGCACUGCAUUGUUCAACAAUGGCCUAAGCUGCGGGGCAUGCUUUGAGAUUAGAUGUGCAAAUGAUCCAAAAUGGUGCCUCCCAGGCUCCAUUGUGGUCACCGCCACUAAUUUCUGCCCACCAGGCGGAUGGUGUGACCCUCCCCAGCAACACUUUGAUCUUUCUCAGCCAAUCUUCCAGCACAUUGCACAAUACAGAGCUGGGAUUGUUCCCGUGAUUUACAGAAGGGUAAAUUGCAGGAGAAGAGGAGGGAUUAGGUUCACCAUUAAUGGCCAUUCCUACUUCAAUUUAGUUCUAGUGACCAAUGUUGGUGGUGCUGGGGACGUGCAUGCAGUGGCCAUCAGGGGCUCAAGAACUGGGUGGCAGGCAAUGUCAAGGAAUUGGGGCCAAAAUUGGCAGAGCAAUUCAUAUCUCAACGGACAAAGCCUCUCUUUUGUUGUCACAACCAGCAAUGGACACAGUGUGGUUUCAUACAAUGUUGCCCCACCCAGCUGGUCCUUCGGUCAGACAUAUACUGGAAGGCAGUUUCGCAGCUUCCGCUACUAAUUAAUUAAACAUAUAUGAUCAGUACUCUCUCUCUCUAUUAAGUAUUCUUACACCAUGCAUGUCUACUAAAGUACGGAAAGGCUAUGGUUCAAAAACUUCAGCCGAUUAGAUCCUAAAAAGAAAGGUGAGUCUAUAUAAUAUAUCUGUAGGGCCAUUAUAAAUAUUGGUUCAAAAUGAAAAGGGUUUGCGUUAAAAAAACAAGGGCCCUUCUCUAUUGAAUAUGAUUGUGAGUUUUUGCAUUUCAUGUCUCGCUUUGUUCUGAAGCAUGAAGACCUUAUAUAGUUAAUUCGCUGCUAGAGACGAGGGAGAUCAGAGUCGGAGAGAGACCGUUAAUGGCCGUUUGGUGGUGCAAUUAUACUACCUAAUUACUCUAUCGCAUUUAGUAUAUAUGAAAAGUAGUUCUUAGCUUUGAUCUGUUACUGCAUGGCAGCUUGGCACUCAUGUAGUUUUAUUAAUUACCUACGCAUAACUAGUAGUACUACUGCAUCGAAGUACUUCUUCAAUAAUGCUUGAACAUGGAGGCAUAUGCAUCGAUGAUAUUCUAUC